AUGCUGUUCAAGUGCAGCAAGGAAACAAUUCAAAUGGAAGUGUUCAAGCAGUUGAACGGUUGUGUUGACAGAUCCAGCACAUCCAAUGGCCUGCUGGCCAUGUACCUCCGGCGUGAGCGUCUGCAGAUUGAAAAGAGUUUGCAAAUGGGGCUAUGGCAAGGGGGAGAUUCUGUCAAAGCAAUGGAAGGCAUAGAUCAUCUUCGAUCGAGAGGAAGCAAGUGUUCCUUGGCAUUCCAACUUCGUGUGGAUAUGCUAGAUAUGCUCCUCGCCGCACAAAAAUGGGGUGCCGGCGAUGAGCAGCUAUGGGACAACAUGAAAGACUUCAAUCAGAAGUGCACAAACCUGAAGCCUGACACAGUGACAUCGAUGGACACAUUGGCAUCAGCUCACUGCCUCCGUGGCCUCAUUUUUUCCAACCUGGCGCUGCGCUCCUUCAAGGUGUGCUGUUGCAGAUCUUCUUCUGUGACAAUGGCUGACAGCCUGUUUGCUAUAUCAGUGAUCACAAGCCCAUAUGUCCCAACAGCAGCUGAAAGUGAUGCAAGUGGAAUAACACCAGAUAUCACAUAA